GAAAGAAGUUAGUUUAGCUUUGUGUGAUUGAUUGAGAAAAAGGAGUAUUUAGAGAACAGCGAACAGAGAGAGGGAAAUCCAGAAAAGGGGGAGAAAAGAGGACACCUGCGCUUUGGAAGAUAUCCUUUCCCCAAAAGGCCGUCUGUCUCACUCUUCUCCUCCUUUUGUUUGUUAUCACUUUCCCUCAAUUCUGAUUCCUUUCCCCUUCCCCUUCCCCUUCCCCAUUCCAUUGACCUAAAUCUACCCCUUCUCUCAGUUCUUCACCUCCCUUACCAUGGUGGGUGACGCCCACUUUCCUCAGUCUGCCCCCAGUUCCAAGAAAUCCAAGACCAAGAAGAAGAAACGGGGUGGCUCCAAGAAGAAGAUGACUUCCGAACAGGCUGCUGCCUUUAAGUAUGUCACGGAAUGGGUUUAUUUGGAUCAAUCUAAUUCUCUCGCCUCCUCUGCUGCUGCUUCCGUUGUGGAUGAUUUUGGAGUUCAGAAGAGUCUUGGCAAAGGUGGGGAGAAGGUGGUCUUUGAAUUGCAUUCACAUUCCAAAUUCAGUGAUGGGUUUCUCACCCCUUCCAAGCUCGUUGAGAGAGCUCAUGGAAAUGGGGUGAAAGUUCUUGCUUUGACAGAUCAUGACACAAUGUCUGGCAUCCCUGAGGCAAUAGAGGCAGCUCGUAGAUUUGGUAUCAAAAUAAUUCCAGGUGUUGAAAUCAGUACAAUAUUUUCUAACGGUGGAGACUCAGAAUCAGAAGAACCAGUACACAUCCUUGCAUAUUACAGCAGCUGUGGACCAGCAAAGAUUGAGAAGCUGGAAAAAUUUUUAGAAAAUAUAAGGGAGGGGCGUUUUUUGCGUGCAAAGAAUAUGGUGUCAAAACUGAAUGAGCUAAAGCUGCCUCUUAAAUGGGAUCAUGUGGCUAAGAUUACUGGUAAAGGAGUUGCUCCUGGGAGACUUCAUGUGGCCCGUGCCAUGGUUGAAGCAGGCUAUGUGGAAAAUUUAAAACAAGCAUUUUCUCGAUACCUUUUUGAUGGUGGACCGGCUUACUCAAUGGGAUCAGAGCCUUGUGCAGCGGAAGCAAUACAAUUGAUACAUGAUACAGGUGGUGUGGCUGUUCUAGCUCAUCCAUGGGCCUUGAAGAAUCCCGUUGCUAUUAUUAGAAGAUUGAAAGAUGCUGGUCUUCAGGGGCUGGAGGUUUACAGGAGUGAUGGAAAAUUGGCAGCAUACUGUGACCUAGCCGACAAUUAUGGGCUUUUGAAACUUGGAGGAUCGGAUUUUCAUGGAAGAGGUGGACAUAGUGAAUCUGAAGUUGGAAGUGUAAACCUUCCUGUUCUUGCUAUGCACGAUUUUCUCAAGGCUGCUCGACCAAUUUGGUGCAGUGCCAUUCGAGAUAUCCUUGAGAGGUACGUUGAAGAGCCUUCAGAAUCAAAUCUAGCAAAGAUUACUAGAUUUGGAAGGACCCGGGUUUUGAAGGGUGGCUCCUCACCAAGCAGCGAAAAUGACAUCAUUGAUCGUUGUUUAACUUCGUGGCUGACUAAUGAAGAGAAGCAAAAUGCUGAGUUUGAGGCUAUCAGAUUAAAGCUCUCCCAUAUUUCAAUUAAUCAAGAAGUUCAGGUGCCUAAGACUAAAUAAUUCCAACCAAGGUCGUCAAUACUUGCUCGUCAUGCUAACAUAGUCGACAUAACGAUCAGAUUUAGUCAGGUUUUUGUACUUUCCUUUGUUACUCUUUUUCUUUUAUCUGUAGGGAAAAGUGGGUUUCAGUAAAUUAUUCAUUGAGGCACAACAAAAAGCUCCCAUUGUCUUAAAGUUAUACUUUUUGGUUGAAUCAAUAAUACUUCAUUCAAUCUCUUUCAGGUUUUCCCCCAUUGUUUUA